AGGCAGUGAGCAAGCUGAUGCCACGCACACCACAGGCGUCAGGCUGAAGGAAAGCGCCAACAUCAACAAAUCUCUGGUCACCUUGGGCAGUGUGAUCUCAGCUCUGGAGACUCUGUGCUGACUUGGCUACUGAAAGACAGCCUGGGUGGAAACUCCAUGACUACUAUGAUAGCAACCAUUUCUCCUGCUGAUGUGAACUAUGGGGAGUCCCUGAACACUCUGCGCUAUGCCACCCGAGCUAAAAACAUAAUGAACUCUCCCACUGUGAAUGAAGACGGCAGCGUGAAGGUGAUCAGAGAGCUGCAGACAGAGGUCACCAGGCUCCGAAAACUGCUAGAAGAAGCCACUCAGGUUUUCCAUGGGGAGCUGUCGUCUUCUGUGAAGGUGAAGGAUAAACUGCGUCAGAAUGAGGCAAAAGUUGAAGCCCUGACUAAGGAGUGGACCAGAAAAUGGAGGGAGACUCAGAGUAUUCUACAGGAGGAGACUGUGGCUCUGAGGAAGGCGGGAAGUGGAGUCAUCUUGGACUGCCAGUUACCUCAUCUCAUCGGCAUCAAUGAAGGCCUGCUCAGGACUGGAGUCAUCCUCUAUUAUUUAAAAGAGGGCAGAACCUUGAUUGGGAGUGCAGAAGUUCCAUGCAGUCAGGGUAUCGUGCCUCAUGGGCCUGGGCUCCUCGGUGAACAUUGUGUGAUUGAGAACCGUGCUGGGACCGUGACUCUCCUCCCUCAGGAUGGUGGACUGUGUUCAGUCAACGGCUGUGUGGUCACUGAUCCCUGCCAGCUGACUCAGGGUGCAAUCAUACAACUAGGAGAAGGACCUGUGCUCCGGUUUAACCACCCGAUUGAAGUUUCCCAGCUGAGAGAGAAAAGACAGAGUAGGCUGCAGUCUGUCUUCAGCCUGUCUUUGACUGACUUAUCCAAAUCUACUGAGAAUCCUGCAAAGGUGAUGCUGCAAAAUUCAGGGGGGAUAGAAGAGAAGCUCAGCCAGCAGGGGGUGGGACGGCAACAGGUUCUGGAAAGCCUGCACAGAUGCAACCAGGACAUCAAAACACUUCCAAAGGAAAACCGCGGGGCUGCAGGAGAGAAAACCAAGACUGCAGAGAGCGUUUUCAGUCAAAUGGAUGCACAGACAGAGUCUAAAGGCCCGUGCGUCUGUCUCACCUCCUCCCCAAAAUUGGAGUUUGGGACUACAGCCAUACCUGGACCAGAUCUCGUCCCUCACACUAGUUUUGAGUUGGAUGGAGAGACACUACAGGGUGGAGUAAGCACCAGGGAUGGCCAGGAGCAGGAGAGGGACUUGUGUCAUAAAUCAGGGCGAGAGCUUGUGUCUGAGAGGCCACAGAGGAAAGCUGAGACUGGGGCUGAAGUUGCGAGUUAUAAGACAGAAGAGGUUUGGUCAGGGGAUGCCAGCCUCCAGCAGAAAAGUGUCCUGGGCCCGGGUGAUGGAUGUGGCACGAAGCCAGAAGGGAAUGCUAAUGAGAUCCAAGGUGUUGUGACUGACUGCUACAAGGGGAGACCUGGCUCUAGUGGGAUCUCAUUAGGCGGCACAUCCCACCUGCAGAGCAGAGGAGAAAGUAGCUCGAUGUCAGUCCUCCCACAGACCAGCACUCCUUCUCAGCCCAACAGAGAGCCUCUGGACAGCGAGGCAGCAUGCUGUUCGCCCAAAGAAACCACCUUCGAGGACCAGUUCAGUUGCAGAGAGAUGGAUGAAUCUAAAGGUUUGAAGGAGAUCUCCAGAGUGUGUGUGACGGAGGCUGCAGCAGCGUCAGCUCAAAGCUCAGGGCUCGGCUCUUUGUUCAACAGAGUUUCCUGGAUUGUGCAGGAUGCAGGACGGGUCCUUUGGAACUCUCCCACAACUUUGCAGCAAGUCAUAGAAGUAAGAUUACAGCCUGUUGGAGUCCGCUGGUCCAGUCAUGUCGUCUCUCUGGUCAGGGAAAGUAAUGUUCUGUCUGUGGUGAAGGACAGCCAGGUGUUCUCCAUGGUUAGAAGGAGUUUCAUCUUCUCUCUGUUCAGGGACAGUCCCAUUUUUUCUAUGGUGAAAGGACUGUCUCUCAUGGAACACAUCCAGAUGGAUAUCACUCAACACCUUCAGCCUGAUGGAGCAGCUCAGGUGAUUCAGGGAUCCAUUCAUCCUGGCAACACACAACUCCCAGUUCUGACACCAACACAAACCUUAAGCAAGGUAGAUGAUGCGCAGCUAAGCCCACAGGACAUCUGGAGAAGGAAUAGGAGUUCCAGGGAUCCGCUGUCAUCAGAAGAGCAAAACCUGGUUGAUCCUCAUGUAAAGCAAGGAGACAAAAGUACUACAGAGCUGUUGCCAUUGGAACAACUCGGUGAGAAAGAGGUUGCCUGUGCACCUAAAGACAUUGAUGAGUCUUCGGAAAACCAGAGGACUUUCCAAAAUGCCACUCAAACCCUGAUGGAGUUUCCUGGUUCCCUUUUGGGCUUACAAAGUUUGCCAUUGCAAGACAUGAUGGACACUUUAAAUUCUGUCAUUCCCAUGUCAGAGCCUAGCUUGCAGAGGAUUUUAGCUCUCCGCUGGCUGAAUGUGGCUAAAUGCAGCCAACCUGAGUCCCAGCCUGCCCUCCUGAUACUGAUGGAAACUGGCCUCUAUGCCUUGACCAUGGACUCUGGGGUCCUGGUUUUGUUUCAUCACCUUCCUUUAUUGCAGCUGAAGGACAUUCAGAUAGGUUUAGCAGGCUAUAGUCUGCGUUUGAUGGGCACUACCGAAGAGAGCAUCCUAGGUGUCUACACCCACAACCAGGAUCACACCAAAGAGCUGUGCUGGGCCAUACUUAAUGUUCUGUGCCCUGAAGACAGCCGGGUAUCUCAGCACCCACUGUUCAAUGGAGAUUUACUGAAGAUGUCUCUAGAUUGGCAGGCUUGUGUACCUGACCUGCUGCUUGAUGCUGGUUUAAGGGUUUGCUGUCAGUUCCAGAAGAGUCUUGCUGAUCUGAUUUGUCUUCUUUAUUGUAACAUGGAUAAAGAAUCAGUCACUCUAGGAGAGGUGCAGGUAUUACUGUACACGAGUGUAGCAGUGCACAUCAGCUCCAGUGCCCACUGUGAACACCUAGUUCAGUUUUUACUUACAGACACCCACCUUGGUCUGGUGCAGGAGGAUAUUGUCUAUCGCCCAGCUCCACACUCUGCCAUAGCACCUUCCCGUCCCCAGUUCCAUGACUUGCGUCUUCGUCAGUGCUCAGAUGUGCGCUGCAUGCUGGUGCAUGAUGAGCACACGAGUGGAUCUGUCAGACUGGAUAUAAUCUUUGGAAAUGCGAGACGCAGGGGUCACCCUGAAAGCGUGACUGAGGCCACUGCUCCGCCUGCACACGCUUUAAAUUCAUCCCCGCAUGCAGAAGUGUGGAAAUUAACUUUCAGUUGCUCCGCUGAGGCAGCCUCCCUGAUUAAUCACUUGUCAAAUGUCUGAUCAAGGACUGAACGACCAGUAAUGAACAGCCCAGCUUGAAAACUCUCACUCACACGGAGCAAUGGCAAAAGUGCAUCCCAACCAGACAGAGUAAAGGAUGAAAUCGCUAUUUAUGACAGCAAAAACUAUAACCUAUUUUGAAAUUUCUGUAUUGAUUUGUUUUUUAGAAGUUUUUUGUCAUUUUAAUGCUACUUGACAUCAGCACCUGAAGAUUUUAUCUUGAUAACACUUUGUUCUUGCAUUGUUCUUUUCCCACCUUAUUCUCAUUAUUUUUGUCACUUUAAUUAUUAUGGGUUGAAGGUCUAGCACUGAGGAUAAAAACAUGUCUCCACCAGAGCUGCUUAUUGUAAUAUUUUUGAAAGUUUUUUAGAUAACCAAAUGGACCAAAUUAUCUCGCUGUUGCAGUUAGUUAUGUUUAUAUAUGUAUGACAUUGUUGCCAAUUUGAAAUAUUGUAAAUAAAAAUAGAUCUAUUGAAAUGGAUGUUUGAAUAUGUUUGUAAAAAAAUAAAAGGUAAAUCCAC